CAACUUGAUAUGGCAAAGAGAGAGCUGUAGAAAGCAUUACAGGACGUCGCAGCUGAGACAGAUAUCACAGAGAGGUGGUUAUGGGGAAGGGAAUGAUUUACUCGUUGUUUCCUUGUUGCAUGGACACCAGAUCUGCAUCACAUAGAUACGUUGUUAAAGGGGCAAGUCAGCAGUACGUCAACAGACAAAAGAUAAAGCUAGCAAAACAAAAUACGCAGAGGAAUUUUGAGAUCAAAUCGGUGAACCGUUCAUACAGCAAAGCGGAAGGGAAAGAUGGCUCAGCUGUUAAAUUAAAUAAGCCGCUGACACAAAUGCUGGCAAUUAACAAGUUCAAGUCUCUCAAACAACGUCGAAUAACUCGUCUGGCAGCUGAAGCCGCUGCCAAUGCUGCCAACAGUGUUGAGGCAGACGCGGAGACUAAGAAAGCUAACAGGAACUCAAUAAAGUCCAUACCUGAGGACGAGGAUCUCAAUAAAGUCAAUACCUGAGGAUGAGGACGGUGGGGAGGGAAAUUAGGGUUACUAUGGUUACCAAAUUAGUGUUACCAUGGUAACAUGUAAAUUGUGACAGUAGCAGUGUUACCAUGGUAACAUGUGAAUUGUGAAGGUAGCAGUAUUAUCAUGGUAACUUGUGAAUUGUGACAGUAGCAGUAUUAUCAUGGUUACUUGUGAAUUGUGACAGUAGCAGUGUUACCAUGGUAACUUGUGAAUUUUGACAGUAGCAGUAUUAUCAUGGUAACUUGUGAAUUGUGACAGUAGCAGUAUUAUCAUGGUAACUUGUGAAUUGUGACAGUAGCAGUAUUAUCAUGGUAACUUGUGAAUUGUGACAGUAGCAUUAUUAUCAUGGUAACUUGUGAAUUGUGACACUGUGACAGUAGCAGUAUUACCAUGGUAACUUUAAAAUUAGAGUUGUGACAGUAGUGUUACCAUGGUAACUUACUAAUUUAGAAAGCCCACAAAUAAUUCUUUAAAAACGAAGAAUUUUGAAAUUACCACCGUUUAAGGUCCUCAAUUCAGAUUGAGAAUUUUGUGACUCACCCGUAUAAUUCAUUAAGAUUGACGUAUAGUUUUGGCCUUGCUGUGCUAUUAUAAAGCCACGAAGUAAGUCAAAUGCUGUUUCUUAUUCUGAAUCUAUCCAACUUAUAUUGAAGCAAGAAAAUAUUAUAUCCAUUUUCUUUUCGAAAUGAAUUGCAUAUGACACAGUUUAGAAAACAAUGUGCAAGGCUCUUCUCGUGAGAAAAUAUAAUUAUUUUUCUAAAUUUCCAUUCACAAUUCAUUACUGCACUGUGUUAUUUCAAUUUGCUGACAAUGAAACCUCAUAUUGGUUUGAAGAUGUAAUUACCGUUUUAAACGCAUGUUUUGAUUUCAAGGAAAUUCGUUUUUGUUUGCUGGAUAAUAUUUUUGCCGCUUUUGAAAAUGAUCUUUAGCUUUUGAUAUGUUGAAAUUAUGUUAAAAU